UACUUGCGCAUGCGCAGCUGAAACCCGGACCCUCGCGCUGCGUUUGUCGCUCUGGUAGCUGAAGCUGAUGCAAGAAGUCGCUAAAAAGGAAGGUUGAAAACUAAACCGCAAAACGUAUAUAACGUUUUAUUUCACUGUAGACUCUAAAGGAAGAAGAGUUUGAAACGCUUUCAGCAACAAUGUCUGGAGACGAGAUGAUCUUCGACCCCACCAUGACCCGGAAGAAGAAGAAGAAGAAGAAGCCGUUCAUGCUGGAGGAGGACGGGGUGGAGGUGCCCAGCGAGGAAACGCCGGUGCCCGAGGCCAGGGACCUGGAGCCCGACGGGGGAGAGGACAGAGAGCUGGACCUGGAGGAGGACGAAGGCCGGAGGAAAGAGCCCACAGAUGACCUGGACGACCUGAACUUUUUCAACCAGAAGAAAAAGAAAAAGAAACCCAAGAAGAACUUUGACAAUGACCUGGAGGAAGGGAUGAAGGAGCUCAAGAUCGAGGUGGAGCAAUCGGAACCUCUGGAAGAGGAUGAUCUUCUGCUGCCUGCCAAGACGAAGAAAUCCAAGAAAGAAGGUGAUAUCCUGGACAAGGAUGACGGCCUGGAGGACGAUGACGGGAGAAACAAUGAUGGCAUCACAUUCAGCUCACAAUCAGGGCCGGCGUGGGCGGGGACAGAAAGGGACUACACGUAUGAUGAGCUCCUGAAUCGCGUCUUCAACAUCAUGAGGGAGAAGAACCCCGACAUGGUGGCCGGAGAGAAGAGGAAGUUUGUGAUGAAGCCGCCGCAGGUGGUCAGAGUCGGCACCAAGAAGACCUCCUUUGUCAACUUCACAGACAUCUGCAAACUAUUGCAUCGCCAGCCCAAGCAUCUCCUGGCCUUCCUGUUAGCUGAGCUGGGGACGUGCGGCUCCAUUGACGGGAACAACCAGCUGGUGAUCAAGGGGAGGUUCCAGCAGAAACAGAUCGAGAACGUCCUGCGUAGAUACAUCAAGGAGUACGUGACGUGUCACACCUGCCGCUCUCCGGACACCAUCCUGCAGAAGGACACGCGCCUGUACUUCCUGCAGUGCGAGACCUGCCACUCCCGCUGCUCCGUCGCCAGCAUCAAGACCGGCUUCCAGGCCGUCACGGGCAAGAGGGCGCAGCUGCGCGCCAAGGCCAACUGAAGCCCCAACCCCCCCCACCCCCC